AUGGAAAGUGUAAGUGGUGAGAAAGGAGUUAAGGAACUGCUGGAAGAGGGUACGCCAAUUGAAUAUUUGGAAGGAGAUGGAGACAAUACCCUCAUUGCUCGUCUGAAAUCAAACUUAAAUUUGACAAUGAAAAAACGAUUUGAUAGAAAUCAUGUUGUGAAAAAUAUUGGCAAACGUUUGUACAUGUUACAUGGAGAGAAAGGAGUGAAACUGAGUAAAAAUGUUAUCGUUCACAUUCAGAAAUGUCUGAAGUACGUGUUUGCUAAAAAUCAAAGUGAUGACACUGGAAUGAAAGAAAAUCUCAGAGCAAUUAUACCACAUCAGUUUGGGGAUCACUCAUUGUGUCAGCCAAGGUUUUGUGGAUAUAAGAGAAAGCCAGGAUCAUUGUAUUCACACAGAAGUCUUCCUUAUAAGGCCCCUCUUAAAGAUAACAAUCUACGAUCAAGGCUGGAGAGCAUUUUUCAACCUAUCAUAUCAAAUGCCGAACAGUACUCCGACCUUGGGUCCAGUCAGCAAUGUGAACAUGCGAAUAGGGAAGUUCACUACAGUGCACACACAAAAGCUGGGUUAUCACCUGGAGUUCACACAAUCAGAUAUGCAGAAAAAUGUGCCAAAAGUAGAAAGCGGUCAUCUGAUCUGUCACAGUUACCAUCCACCAAACGUCGGCGCCUUAUCUUGAAACAAGAGCGGGCUACCACUCAGGGUGCUCAAGAAGCUCUAGAAGGAGUGUCUUAUCAAUCAGGUAUUGGUCAUGAGCAAGAUAUUGAUAUAGAGAAAAUCCCUGAUGCAGUUCCCAGAGGAGAUUUCAAACUUGUGACCUAUAUUCAACAUGACAAACCAACACUUGUUAUGGUCGACUUGGAAACCACUGAUCUAAUUCGUGGCAGUAUCAUUCCUCAUAUAACACAAAUUUCUGCUGUAGACUAUGAUUCUGGAGAUACCUUUGAUCAGUAUGUUGUCCCAAAGAUGCCAAUCACAACAACUGCUCAACAAGUGACUGGAAUUGUUAUAUGUGGUUCAAACUUGACUGUUAAUGGAAGUCCAGUACAAUCAUUGCCUAUAAAGGAGACAUUAGAACGUUUUUUGUUCCAUAGAGAGAAAGCUAGAAAUAUCAGGAGCCUGGAUGUGCUUAUUUCUAGCAGUGUAUGCAAAGCUGCGACUGCGAAGAACAUAGCAGGGUCUGGUCUAAAUCUGUCUCGUCUGCAGAGAAUUUACAGUCGUGACGGGGAAGAUGGGUUACAGAAUACUUUUACAGUGAAAAAUAGUGAAGGUCAACCUAGAGUGACAAGCUCGAAACGUGUAUUGGAGACUGUUAUCCCAAAACUGGCUGACUUCCUUAAAAAACGAGAGUGA